GUUAGAUUUUUUCCAUUUCAGUAGAAGCAAAAAACGAGCAGAAGAGCAUGGAGGCGGCGGCAGCAACGGCGGAAUCUGUUCAAUGCUUCGGGCGGAAGAAGACGGCUGUAGCAGUAACCCACUGCAAACGCGGUAAAGGUUUGAUCAAGAUCAACGGUGUACCUAUCGAGCUAGUGCAACCAGAGAUUCUCAGGUACAAGGCUUAUGAACCUAUUUUACUUUUAGGACGACACCGUUUUGCUGGUGUAGACAUGAGGAUCCGUGUGAAAGGUGGAGGUCACACCUCACAAAUCUAUGCAAUUCGUCAGUCAAUUGCGAAAGCACUUGUUGCAUUUUACCAGAAAUAUGUUGAUGAGCAGUCGAAGAAGGAGAUCAAGGAUAUACUUGUGCGAUAUGAUAGGACUUUGCUUGUUGCUGAUCCUAGACGAUGUGAGCCUAAGAAGUUUGGUGGUCGUGGUGCUCGUUCUAGGUUCCAGAAAUCUUACCGUUAAUUUCUUUUUAUUGCUUGCUCCUUAUGGUUUUUGAACUUGUUCUGAGAAUUUUGAAGUGAUAUUUAUGUUUUGGAUUUUAAACUUUUAUUAUAUGACUGCAAUCGUGAUUUAGAUUCUAUUUUUGGUUUGA